UUUUCCAACAAACAAAACGAUUCAGCUAAGCAGACAUUUAUCCUUCUUCCCCUGCACACAGUUGAUGCUUCUCCAUCAUCCAUGGAGCAGAUGCAUAGCUGCCCAGUUGAUUCUUCGUCAGCUCCAAAGCUUGUUCUCUACUCUUACUGGCAGAGUUCUUGUUCUUGGCGUGUGCGUUUUGCCUUGAAUCUUAAAGGACUUUCUUAUGAGUACAGAGCUGUCAAUCUUGCAAAAGGAGAGCAGUUCACUUCAGAGUUUGGGAGAUUAAAUCCCCUUCACUACGUCCCAGUUUUGGUUGACGGGGAUGUAGUUGUUUCAGACUCUUAUGCAAUUCUACUGUAUUUAGAGGAGAAGUAUCCACAGAAAGCACUUUUACCUGCUGAUCCUCAACUAAGAGCAAUCAAUCUCCAGGCUGCAAGUAUUGUGUCUUCCAGCAUACAGCCUCUUCACAUGUUAUCGCUGCUGAAGUAUAUCGAGGAAACGGUGGGCCCUGAAGAACCUCAAGCAUGGGCACAUGUCCAUAUAGAAAAGGGCUUACUUGCUCUUGAGAAGCUACUAAACAAUUGUGCCGGCCCAUAUGCUACAGGAGAAGAAGUUUGUAUGGCUGACGUAUUCUUGGCCCCUCAAAUUGCAGUAGCUACAAAGCGGUUUAAUGUCGAUAUGUCCAAGUUCCCGAUUCUGCGUAUGGUAUACGAGUCGUGCAAUGCAUUGCCUGAAUUCCAAGCUUCUUUGCCUGACAGACAACCUGAUGCUGUGCAGUGAACUUGCUGAAUUAAUACAGAUAUGGAAACAUAGAAGUUUGCCUUCAGACAUCCUAUAACUAUCAGAGUAAACUUAUAUGAAAAUUCCAGCUUCAAAUUGGCAACUGCAGCUGCAAUUCUGGAAAUGAUUGCCAUUUAUAGUUAGUAGACUAAGAAAGAAUUGUAAUCUCCAUGAAACUGUAGAUGCAAUAAUUAAGUAAAGAAGAUAGAAACAUACAAAAUACACACACACACACAUAUAUAUAUUAUAUGGGAAGCCAACGCAGAACGAUGAAUGCAUUAUAUAUGUAUACAUGACAAGUACAUGAAUGUAGGAGAUGUAAUUGUUAGUU